CCCAUAACCAGCAAGCUUCACAUUUGCGUGCUUUGGAUUAUAAUCUUUAUUCAAGCCCUGAUACCUUUUAUAUAUCAUGGAAAGUAUUACCCACGCAUGCAUUUUCAAAUAGCAAAACCAAAUUUCCAUCAUUCGUCAGCACAUUAUUUAACUGGCGUAUCGAUGUAGUAACCAUUCCUCCUGAUGAAAAGAAUUAUCAAAAAUAUAUUGAUUCUAUAACGGUUACAGAUCUUAAUUUUAAGAUAAUCAAUCACUUAAUUAAAGCUGUUAUUAAAUUUGUGAUUCUAAAUCUUUUAGUAGAAUAUUUAAAAUACAACAAACCAGAAAUUCCGAAAAGAUCAUAUAGGCUACGAGUUUUAGAUUAUUUAAUAACCGGACAUCCAUUUAUCGAAACAUAUACCUUCUUUUAUUGCUUUUUGUGGUCAAUUCAUAUAAUUUUAGCCUUUUCACUCGUAUGGAACAAAGCCUGUAUUUUAUUUGGGAUAAUCUUAAGACCCUUGUUAUCCGAUAGUGUAAAAGAAAAUAAAAAACUGCAAGAACCAAAAUCACUUAAGAUAAUCAUCAAAGAAUGGUUAAUUCUUUCCCUAUUCUACACGAAACCUCUAAUGGGUAAUCCAAUCUUAUCAACAGAUCCCCGAGAUUUUUGGUCAAAUCAGUGGCAUCAAGUAUAUGGUGAAAUAUUUCAUGAUCUUGGCUACCUUCCAGUUCGAAACUAUUUUAAACACAAUAAAAUUCUUGGAAGAAUGCUUGGA